AUGGAGCAGAAAACAUCCACUGAUGAUACAAAUGAAAUUAAGUUCUUUGAUGAGCGGCAAACGCUUAUAUGGCGCAUAGCUCAUGGGACAUUUUGUUUUAUGCUGGGCGGUCUUUGUUUCAUUGCUGGGUCAUGCAUGUAUUUUACAACUGUCUAUGAUCCAUAUCCAGCCGCUUUGAUAGCUGGUGGUUGGCUGUUCACUAUUGGUUCAGUGCUUUUUCUACUAGCAGAUCUACUAGAAUGGUCUCACUAUCUGAGAGAGUGUUGCUUUUGCUGUUUGCAUCGUGAUGAAUACGAAAAUUCAAAUGCCGGUGCCUUUAAAUAUCCGCGAUCUUCGUUGCUUGGCCACUGGCAACGAUCUGAAGUGGGAAUUAACGUUUUUGUAUCCGUGUGUGGAUCAAUUCUCUAUCUAAUUGGAUCAAUUUUUUUCAUACCAGCUUUAAGUGACUACGUGAUCGCUGGUGAUUGGUUAUUUAUUGUUGGUUCAGCUUUUAUUUUCUCAUCACAAGGUUGGAAAGUGUACAGAAUGAGUCGUACCAAUGUCGCCGAUCGAACUGAUCAUCGAUUUCGUCUAGCUAACCUUGCCAAUAACAUAUCGGUUGUAUUUGCUGAUGUUUUUACAGGCUUUGGCGGUGUGUUUUUCUUUAUUGGUACGAUACUGUUUUUACCUCGUUUUAAUAUAAGUGACGCUGAUGAGAACCGAGCAGCUAUCAUUUUUGUUCUUGGUAGUGUUUCUUUUACUAUUGGAAGUUUCUUUGUUCACUAUAUCUAUUACUGUCGUUAUAAUCGAUGA